AUGGCCCAGGACCAAGGCGCCCUCGGCAAAGUCGGCCGCGGCGGAGCGGGCAACUAUCACCCGACCUCGCCGCCCGAGCAAGCAGACGAAGCGACAGCCAAACCGCUCCCCGCGCAUGAAGCCGCCGUCGUUGCCGCCCCCGACGCCCCCGGUCCCCUGCGCGGCGGCCGCGGCGGCGCCGGCAACUUCGUCGACCCGGGCGAGCUGCCGGACGCGAGCGAGGCCGCGCGCGAGGUCGGCGCCGCCGUGAGCCGCUCGAGGAAGCAGCACGGCCGCGGGCGUCGUGGUGGCAUGGGUGGGCGCGGCGGCGCUGGGAACUGGGCCGGGCGGUCGUCCAUCCGCCAUGGCAGCAAUCACGGCGACGACUACCAAGACGACGACGACGGAGAUGGUUACGUAGACGACGAGUGGGAUGAGGUUCAUGGCCCGCGUGCGCAAAAGGUCGAGGCCUUGGAGCGCAAGGUGAAGGAGGCAGUGGACAAGGGGCUCCGGAUUCCGGACAAGGUUCACCACGGGAGCGAUAGGGCCGGCUACGAGUGA